UUAGCUGCUCUAGUAAAAGUUGACUGCCCCAUCUGUAUGCUUCCUUUAUUGAAGAGCAGAAGAAUUGCAUCUUCCACACUCAGGCUAAGCAAAAAUGGGCAGUUCACAUAGCAAGUCUUACAAUCUCUCAGAGGAUAUACGGAAAACAGCCGUAGGGACUACCAGUUUGUCAGCAGAUGAGCCAUCAGCCAAUAAACACCAUCACCAUGGUUUUGAUGCAGACCGAGAUGCCAAGAAAAUACAUAGUGCCUGCAAAGGAGCAGGAACUGACGAAAAGAAAAUCAUUGAAAUCUUGUUGAGUCGAACAUCAGGGCAGAGACAACAAAUAAAACAGAAAUACAAGUCUCUCUAUAGCAAGGAUUUGGAAGAGGUCCUGAAGGGAGAGCUGAGUGGGAGUUUCGAGAAGGCUGUGCUGGCUCUGCUGGACCUGCCCUGCGAGUACGAGGCCCGGGAGCUUCGGAAGGCAAUGAAGGGUGCUGGGACGGAUGAGUCGCUGCUGAUUGAGAUUCUCUGCACACGAAGCAAUAAGGAGAUUGUAAACGUAAAGGAGGCAUACAAACGGCUCUUUGACAGGGAUCUAGAGUCUGAUGUUAAAAGUGACACAAGUGGCUCCCUACGGAAGAUAUUAAUCACUGUGCUAGAGGCAACCCGAGAUGAGACCCAAGAUGUCAAUGAAGAGCUCGCCAUGCAAGAUGCCACAGAUCUCUAUAAAGCAGGAGAAGGCCGCUGGGGAACAGAUGAGCUGGCUUUCAAUGUGGUCUUAGCAAAGAGAAGCUAUAGUCAGCUGAGAGCUACUUUUCAAGCCUAUGAGAAGGUGUGUGGGAAGGACAUAGAAGAAUCCAUUAAAAGUGAAACUUCUGGAGAUCUUGAGAAGGCUUAUCUCACUCUUGUCAGCUGUGCCAAAGACUGCCCAGGUUACUUUGCUACGCUUCUGCACAAGUCAAUGAAAGGAGUUGGGACUGAUGAAGACACCUUGAUUCGCAUCCUUGUGACCAGGGCUGAGAGCGACCUGCCAGCAGUACAGGAGAAGUUCCAGCAAAUGUACAAGAAGUCCUUAGCUGAAGCUGUCCGAUCUGAUACCUCUGGGGACUUCAGGAAGCUGCUGCUGGCUAUUUUGCACUGAAAAGCCAUCAGGAAUGAAGAGGCAUGCUGAGCAGCCACCUCUUGAUUAGCUUCCAAAAUAGCAUUCAAAAAAUGUGGCAUUAGCACAAAGGAAAAAAAUCCAAUUUAUUUUCUUUCCAGCUGGGAAAUGUGUUGCCAAGUAAUGCUGGAGUAAUGAGGUUUAUGUUAUGGCUAUCUCGCCAAAUGUACUUAAGCAAUAAAGACCUGUUAAAA